UCCAGGAUAUAAUUCCCCAAAAUGGCCGCAUGUCAGCCAGGAACAAAACGAGGAUUUGUAUCGGGGAUACCUUUGCAAGAUGGAGACCAUUGAAGGCAGAGAAGAUUUUUUUCAUCUGACGCCAAACUUGCUCAUUUCCUCCUUGAUAGGGGUGCAAAUGCACAGCGUGGUGUCUGUGAUUCACACACUGAAGUAUUUCCUCACUGUGUCCUCUCAAGUUCCAAACUUCCCAGAGUUUGUGAGUGUUGGUUAUGUUGAUGACGUUCAGAUUGUUCGCUAUGACAGCAACAGCAGGAAAGCUGAAGCCAAACAGGACUGGAUGAACAAAAUCACAGCAGAGGAUCCAAAAUACUGGGAGAGACAAACAGAGAUCGGUGUCUUUAAUGAGUUUGCCAUCAAAAACGACAUUGAAGUUCUUAAGAAGCGUUAUAACCAAACUGAAGGUGUUCACAUUGUCCAGAAGAUGUCUGGAUGUGAAUGGAAUGAUGAGACCGAUGAAGUGAAAGGUUGGAAUCAGUUAAGUUAUGAUGGAGAAGAUUUCCUAUCAUUGGACAUGAAGACAUGGACAUGGACCGCAUCAAGACAUCAAGCUUUCCCCUCCAAACUCAAGUGGGACCAGGACAAACUUCUACUGGACUACAUAAAGUAUUACUACACUGAGGAAUGUUCUUUUUACUUGAAGAAGUAUGUGAACUAUGGGAAGGAGGUCCUAAUGAGAACAGAGCUUCCAGAGGUGUUCCUCCUCCAGAAGACGCCGUCCUCUCCGGUCAGCUGCAUGGCGACAGGUUUCUAUCCCGACGCUGCCGACCUGUUUUGGAGGAAAGACGGCGAGCAGAUCUCCGAGGACGUGGAGCACGGAGAGAUACUCCCCAACCCUGACGGAACCUUCCAGAUGUCGGUGCACCUGAAAGUGGAGGUGACGGCCGACGUGGAGGGCAAGUACGAAUGUGUGUUUCGGCUGUCUGGCGUCAAGGAGGACUUGGUCACCAAGCUGGAGAGAAGAAGCAUCCUGAGCAACGCAAGCCAUGGAGACAACUUGAGCUUCACCCUCAGUGCCACGGUAGCGGUCGUCGCUGUGGCGGCCCUCCUGGCGGCCAUCAUCAUGGUCAGGUGUCACAGAAACAGACAAGUACUUGAAGGAGAUGAUAUCAUCAGUGACCCCGUGCAGUACCAGUUGGGGAUGUCACCAGUGACCACGUGCAGUACCUUGUGGAGAUGAUAUUCAGGGGCGCCGCUAGGGAUUUUGGGCCCCAUGAAAAUAAUCCUUACAGGGCCCCCAACACAGUGUUAUUAUUUUUUCUGUUUUUAUAAUUUCAUCAUCAUUAGGGGCCUCUCUGGGCCCCCCUCCAUCAUGGGCCCCUAGAAUCCGUCUCCUUUACCCCCCCUUUUCGGCGCCCCUGAUGAUAUCACCAGUGACCUCAUGCAGUAUCUGCAAGUACUUGAGGGAACAGAUAUCAUCAGUGAUGCCAUGCAGAACCUGAUGGAGAUGAUAUCACCAGUCAACCAAUGAAGGAUCUGCCAGUACUUGAGGGAACAGAUAUCAUCAGUGAUGCCAUGCAGAACCUGAUGGAGAUGAUAUCACCAGUCAACCAAUGAAGGAUCUGCCAGUACUUGAGGGAACAGAUAUCAUCAGUGAUGCCAUGCAGAACCUGAUGGAGAUGAUAUCACCAGUGAACCAAUGAAGGAUCUGCCAGUACUUGAUGGAGACGAUAUCAUCAGUAAUGCCAUUCAGUACCUGACGGAGAUGAUAUCAUCAGUGAACUCAUACAGUACCAGUGGACUUAAAUCAGUCAUCCAUUUGCAAACACAUGCAUUAUUUGCAUUCCCGGUAUGACGUACCAUAAAACCUUUCAACUAUUAAAAAAAAAAGUAUCCUCCAGUUUGUAGCCAUCAUAAGCCAUAUUUUCAGAGGAUGUGCAUUUUUAGAUAGAUAGAUAGUACUUUAUUGAUUCCUUCAGGAGAGUUCCCUCAGGAAAAUUCAAAUUUACAGCAGUUUUUAAAGAGAGGAGUAUUGGUAUUAUAAUUAUAAUGAAACUUUUUCAAAACAGAUUACAUGUUACAAAAAAAAACAUUUUUGGUUGCAUUGAGAUGGCCUGAAAAUGUCUUUUUAAAAAUGGAUUCUUAAAAAAAAAAAAGAUUUUAGAAAAUUGUGAAUCGAAUUACAACCGGGAUGAAUAAGAAUCGUGAUUCAGAUGUGAAUUGAUUUUUUAAUUAUUAUUAUGUGAAAGAAACAAAACUGUCUCGGUUCAGAUGUAUUUAAAAAAAAAAAAAAAAAAAAGACCACAUAAGUUGUAUUUAAUGCUCUUGUAAUCGUGGCUUGUGCAGCCCUUUGAGACACUCGUGAUUUAGGGCUAUAUAAGUAAACGUUGAUUGAUUGAUAAUACAAUUGGCAGAAGGUGAGAUGGAGAGAAUGUGGAUAGAGGAGGGAAAGAGAACAGGGUGAAGGCAAAAGUGGCCACAUUUUUCACCUCUGUAUUUGUCACAUCCUGGUUUCGGCCCUGUUUGCCUUUGUCCUCGCAGCUCGCCAGGACGGUGCGGAGAUCUCCAGAAGCGAGACGCAGCCGCCGGCACACGGUGAGUUGGCUCACAUGGACUGUUUGCACCUCCAUGACUUUGUGUGAAGACGAUGUUCAACUUGGAUUCAUGCCCUUUUCCAAUCAAAAUCAAAAUCAAGCUUUAUUUCUACAGCACUUUUCAUAACACUGGCAAACUGCUGUACAUAAAGAAAAAAAAUAGAUGAUGAGAAGAAAACACGCGCACACUUAACACUAUUGAUAGUAACAUUAACACAAUUGAUAGUAACAUUAACACAAUUGAUAGUAACAUUAACACAAUUGAUAGUAACAAUGCAAAAACAAAACAUGGCACUGAAGAUUUAAGGAAAAAGGCCAUAUUUGAGGCGUCUACACUGGAGAAUAACUACAAUGAAUGCCAUCUAAAAAUAGUAUAAACAUGAUAAAAUAUAUGUAAAAAAUGAAAUGUAUGUAUGGGGGUGAGGUUGGGAGAGUGGCCGUGCCAGCAACCUGAGGGUUCCUGGUUCCAUCCCCACCUUCUACCAACCUCGUCACGUUCGUUGGUUGAAAAGCGCUAUACAAGUAUAACCCAUUUACCAUUUAUGUACCAUAAAUAUAACUAACAGAGAAAAUUAUAGUAGCAUGUUUUAAUAAUCAAGAUAGAAAACAACACAAUAAAAUAAAAAACAAAAGAGUUUAAGAUGAUCACUAAAAAGCCUGAUUAAAAAUGUGUGUUUUAGCCUUUUUUUUAAUUUUUAUUUCAACGCUCUCUGGCAAGCUGUUCCACAGGUGGGGGCCAUAGUGGCUAAAUGCCGCCUCACCGUGGGCCUUUGCUCUGGCAUUUGGUAAAGCUAAAAGGCCAGGGCCAGAGGGCCUCAGGAUCUGCGAGGGGGUUAAUACGGUAAAAAUCAGGUCAGACAAGAAGGCGCAAGGGCCAUAAAGACGCGUGAAAACUAAUAAUUGAACUUUAAAAUCGACCCUGAAGAGGACUGGGAUGGGAAUCAGCACCUCCAAGUCCGAGUCCAUGGUUCUCACCCGGAAAAGGGUGGAGUGCCAUCUCCGGGUUUGGGUGGAGACCCUGCCCAAAGUGGAGGAGUUCAAGUACCUCGGAGUCUUGUUCACGAGUGAGGGAAGAGUGGAUCGUGAGAUCGACAGGCGGAUCGGUGCGGCGUCUUCAGUAAUGCGGACGCUGUAUCGAUCCGUUGUGGUGAAGAAGGAGCUGAGCCGGAAGGCAAAGCUCUCAAUAUACCGGUCGAUCUACGUUCCCAUCCUCACCUAUGGUCAUGAGCUUUGGGUUUGGGUUAUGACCGAAAGGACAAGAUCACGGGUACAAGCGGCCGAAAUGAGUUUCCUCCACUGGGUGGCGGGGCUCUCCCUUAGAGAUAGGGUGAGAAGCUCUGUCAUCCGGGGGGAGCUCAAACUAAAGCCGCUGCUCCUCCACAUGGAGAGGAGUCAGAUGAGGUGGUUCGGGCAUCUGGUCAGGAUGCCACCCGAACGCCUCCCUAGGGAGAUGUUUAGGGCACGUCCGACCGGUCGGAGGCCACAAGGAAGACUAUGUCUCCCGGCUGGCCUGGGAAUGCCUCGGGAAGAGCUGUACGUAGUGGCUGGGGAAAGGCACGUCUGGGCUUCCCUGCUUAGGCUGCUGCCCCCGCGACCCGACCUCGGAUAAGCGGAAGAAGAUGGAUGGAUGGAUGAAGAGGACGGGGAGCCAAAGCAGCGACUUUACAACUGGUGUAAUGUGCACCUGCCUCCUGGUCCUCGUCAGCACGCGUGCAGCUAAGUUUUGUAAUCAUUUAGACUUCUGAUAAUCUUUUAGGGAGGCUCUGUUUUCAAGAUGAUACAAAAA